AUGGCCACGGCGGACACACAUCCAACCUACACCCUCUUUCCCCUCGCCACACACGAAAUCCGCCUCCUCACUAUCCUCCCCUCCGCGCACCGCUCCAACCCCAUUUCCUGCCACUUCACCAAAACUCUCCUGCACCCUUCCACCAGCUCGGCGAACUCCUUCGAGACAAUAUCCUACACAUGGGGCGACGCAUCCGUCUACGGCGAAAUCUUACUGGAUGGCGCGACACUGAGAAUUCCAGCGAGUGCGGUUGCGGCGAUCGGGAAUGUGAGGAGAAAGGACAAGGAGAGGGUGGUGUGGAUUGAUAGUGUUUGUAUUAAUCAGGGGGAUUUGGAGGAGAGGGGGAAGCAGGUUCGGUUGAUGUCGAGGGUUUAUCAGCAGAAACAGGCGAAUUUGAUACACCUGGCGGAUCUGGAGCAUGACGUGGCGCAGAGGGCUUUCGAGGGGGUUGAGAGGAUUGUAAGGGAGGUUGAGGAGGAAUGCCGUGUGAGGGGAAAGGAGUUGGGCGAGAUUGUAUUCCCGGAUCAUGGGCACUGGAGCUUCGCGAGAGAGGGGUUGAAGUGUAAGGUCGAUUUUGGGGCGUUGGCGGCGAUGUACGACUUGCCGUGGUUCAGGCGCCUCUGGGUCGUGCAAGAAGCCGUACUCGCUCACACCAGCAUUAUAGUCUGCGGAGACUUGAGCAUCGACUUCGAAAAGGUUUUGACGGCGACCUGCUGGCUCGAGCACAAAACUUUCUUCCUUGUCCACGAAGGCCCGGAUGAGGAGCUUCUAGUAUGUCUGCAAGGGUUCCGCGGAGCAAUGAAUAUGUGGCUGUUCCGCAAGGACUUGGCAGAUUACCAGCACUGGCCGAUACCGAGUCCUCUUUCCUGGCUGCUUGGCAAGGCGCCGUUCGGUGCUUCGAGCGACAUGAAAGAUCAGAUCUAUGGUAUGCUUGGACUGUAUCAGACCAGUGCCAAGACGAUGGAACUCCCUCCCGGACUUGCACCUGAUUACACAAAGGACGAUGCUGAGGUGCUUCGGGAUGCGACACGCGCGGCGAUCAUGGAGAAUAGAUCACUGAACCUAUUAGAGAGACUACCCCAGAGUCGAGAUCACCGUCCCGCAGGCUUACCCAGUUGGGUUCCAGAGUGGUUUAGAGAGCAUGGAGAUGAUGACCCUCGCGGGCUGAUGCCGGUGUUCAAUGCCUGUGGCACGUCGGAGGAGUGGUCACGGACUGAGCUUCUCCCCACGCCGGAUCCCAGAGUACUGCGCAUCAAGGGCACACUGAUCAGCACUAUUGAGAAAGUCGUCUCACACACCAAAGAUCUCCACGAGUUCGAAGUCUUCCUAGCUCACCUAGACGAAGCCGAGACUAUAGCUUCAAGCGUCAACAUCGACUCCCUCACUCUCGGCACGACACUCCUCGGCGGCGCUGCUUUCGGUGCUGCGGCCCUAGCUACACCCGAAGAAGCAGAGCUUUGGCCAGCGUACCACAAGUACCUUCGCGAAGAGAAGAGAAAUCUUCCUUGGCCCAACGACCUCAAGGCAGAUUCGAGUGCUGAGGAGAAAGCAUUGGCUUUGUUCGCCAGUACUUCUCGUAAUGCUUGCUGGCAUCGUUGCUUCUUCUCCACUGUGGACGGACAGAUUGGGAUUGGGCCGGCCAAGUGCAGGCCGGGAGAUAGGGUUGUGGUGUUGCAGGGUGGACACUUUCCGUUUGUGUUGAGGGAGGUGGAGGCGGUGUUUGAGAUGCUUGGAUACUCCUACACGCAUGGCAUUAUGCAGGGUGAAGCGGUAGAGGGGCGUCGUAUCGCAGGGGCUACGGUCUUUGACUUGGCAUAG